CGUGAGUAUGAACACACUGAAUGCGCACGGAAACGUCAGCUCCAGAGCGUCAGUGCCGUUUGUUCAGCGAGAAAUUCAACUGGGCCACCAGACGAACUGUUAUAGCUUCCAUUCACUUGACAAAUGCUCAAUUUUCUGGCUUGGCGCAAAAGUUGUAAAGAACAUCUUCGCCGUGAGUCGCGACCCGAUCAUCCCACUGGGGUAGAGUCACGUGACGGCUUCGCGAUCGCCCGCAUAGGCCUGCUUCAACUCUUUGCCGAGUGCAAGCAACGAUACUGGCAGCGAUUGACCUCCACUCCCUGACCACCUCAGAACCACCGCAAAAAUGGCCGCACGGAACGCAGCUCUCAAGGUCGACUGGGCCAAGAUCACCACCUCCCUCGGCCUUCGUGGUCAGACCGCGGCCAGCCUCCAGGCUUUCAAGAAGCGCAACGACGACGCCCGCCGCAAGCUCCAGCAGCUCUCGGAGCUCCCCACCACCGUCGACUUCGCCGCCUACCGCAGCACCCUCAAGAACCAAGCCAUCGUCAACGAGAUCGAGAAGCGCUUCACCUCUUUCAAGCCCGCCACCUAUGACGUGAACCGCCAGCUCAAGGCCAUCGAGGCCUUCGAGGUUGAGGCCAUCAAGAACGCCGAGGCCACCAAGACCAAGGUCGACCUUGAGCUCAAGGAUCUCGAGAAGACUCUCACGAACAUCGAGACUGCCCGUCCCUUCGACGAGCUUACUGUGGACGAGGUUGCCGCUGCCGAGCCUUCCAUCGACGAGAAGACCUCCAAGCUUGUCUCCAAGGGCCGCUGGUCCGUUCCUGGCUACAAGGAGCGUUUCGGCGAUCUCUCCGUACUAUAAAUGGCGACCCCUCAGUCAACGCUUCCAUUUGUUUAUGUACUCUAGCAUUGUAGAUAGCAGGAAUGCGCCAAGGAACUACGGAUCAGUCGCAUUCUCUAUCUCUCACUUUGACUUCUGACAACCGUUACAAUACUUCACGAACCUUCUUUCAGUCACUCACAUCCGUUAACGCAGCUAGCUCACUCACUUACCUCCCAGCCGGCUCCGAGGACGCUCACCUCACUUUCCUCCCCCUGUUACCUCUCUGAUUCAAGCAACCGUCCAAACCCCCAAGUCAUCUCUCAUCGGCCUCCCACGUCCUCUCGAACAGCGGCGCCUUCAACCAGGACGUAUACGGCCACCCGCCCUCACCACAUCGUCCAUGACCUCGACCCCGACCUCCUCCAACGCCUUGACAUAACACAGCCCUUCCGAGUACAGACUGUUGUUCGAGCACAGCUGGAUCCACGUCCUCAGCAACCCUUUUCAGUAUUUCAUCAUCUGGCCUCAAGGCGGCAUCCUCUCCAGCCCGUCCUGCAGCACUGCCCACUUCAUUCGCCUGAGCAGCAGCGAGUUCCACAAGGAAGAAUGUUAGGCGCUGGUGUGCAGAAACCGAAAGUGCAGCGGCAUGUAAGGAUCCAGGCCGCUGAAGGCGUCGCUAGUGCCGGGACUGUGAGAUCCGGUUGCUCCUGAGCUUGGGAAGAUGCUGCAGGGCUGUCGUCUGCUUGGGGAAGCGGUAAAAUGCUCAUAGUUUAUCACUGGGAUCUGGUCAAGGUUUCCUUCAUCGGCGGACAGCGAGGCGAAUGUCGAUGGGACAGUGAACUCGGUCUUGGCCGCGGUAAGGAGAGAUGGCGAUCCCGAGCUCCGGAGGCUAGUAUGUUGAGCGUUGAGUGAACAGCAUUCUGCUGCGAAGGCGGCUUGGUGCUCGGUUGUGGGGAGACCUGGGCGUGAUUUUUUUUUAAGACUGGAUUUCUCAUCGGAGGCGAGCCAUACCGAGUAUAGGGACACCCGAAAGAAGGGGAGUGGGGGGCAUUCGGAGGAAGAUGGCGUUCAUCUUGGUCUUCUUUUUUGUGAACGUUCAAGAAGGUAAGUGUUGUCGGCUGUUCGAACGAGCGGCGUGACGGUGUCUCACAGAAAUGUGGGGGAAGAUGAGUGAAGUUGGCUGUUCAGCUGGUAAGGCAGACACUACCCAUUCUGAUGUGCUCACAUGGUAGAUCAUCAAGGGAGUAUCUCUCAACUGGAGAUCUUUACUUCGCUUUGAUCGGAAGCGGGUUCUAUUCGAAACCCAUUGGUCGUUGUGAAUGCAACUUCUCUUUGUGUAGUAUGUGAGUUCACAUCGACCCGGGUCUGAAUGAAGCUGACAACACUCGCAGUCUACCCUUGGGUCAAUAACUCUGAUACAUCAAAAGACCAUGCCAUUGCUUCUUGGUCCUCACCAGGCUUUGGUAAUAAGGACAGACGUCGUCUCGUCAUCUACGAGUGUCUCCUCCUAUGGUUCAUAUGUUCCCGA